AUGAGCCAACCAGACGAUGUCGCCUUUAAGGCCAAGCACGACCCUGCAUUGGCACUUCCUCUCGACGAGAAGCACGAGCAUACUGCAGUGCAGGCCCCUCCAGCUUACGAUGGCCACGAGCAAAACCACGGCGCUUUAGAGGAUGCACCCACGGAAGAGGAAAUACGUACCCUCCGCCACGUCUCUGAUAAGAUCCCGUGGAACGCAUACACGGUUGCAUUUGUGGAAUUGUGCGAGCGAUUCUCGUACUACGGAACCACUGUCGUUUUUACCAAUUUCAUCCAGCAAACCCGUCCCAUAGGCUCGCGAACGGGCGCUGGUGGUCACGAUGGCCAAUCUGGUGCAUUGGGCCGUGGACAGCGGGCCUCUACCGGUUUAGGCACGUUUAAUACCUUCUGGGUUUACCUUUUACCGCUGUUUGGUGCCUACGUCGCCGAUACAUACUGGGGUCGUUACAAAACCAUUUGCGUGGCUGUCGCCAUUGCCAUGUUUGGUCAUGUUCUCCUCGUUAUCUCUGCCAUUCCUACCGUUAUCGACCACCCAGAUGGUGCCCUUGGAUGCUUCGCCGUCGCUAUCAUCGUCAUGGGUAUCGGCACUGGUGGUUUCAAAGCAAACAUCUCGCCAUUGGUCGCGGAACAAAGCAAGAACACCUACUUGCGAAUCGACACUCUUCCAUCCGGAGAGAGAGUAAUUGUUGACCCUGCAGUUACCUCUUCGAGAAUUUACAUGUACUUCUAUCUCAUGAUAAACAUCGGAGCUCUCAUCGGACAGAUCACCAUGGUGUACGCCGAGAAGUAUGUCGGCUUCUGGCUUUCCUUCCUCCUGCCAACUCUCGUUUUCUGUCUGUGCCCUGUUGUUCUAUUCCUUUGCCGAAAGCGAUAUGUUAGAUCUCCUCCACAAGGUAGCGUUCUUUCAAAGGCUAUGCAAACUUUUAUCUUUGCCCAAAAGGGUAGAUGGCACCUAAAUCCAGUUCAAACUGUUAAACACCUUAACGACGGGACAAUGUGGGAAACCGCCAAACCUUCUAACAUUGCUUUAGCAAACCGUCCGAGCUGGAUGACGUUCGAUGACGCCUGGGUGGACGAAGUUCGCCGUGGUUUCCACGCUUGCUCCGUCUUCGUUUGGCUCCCACUCUGGUGGCUCUGUUAUAACCAGAUCAACAACAAUCUUGUCUCCCAAGCCGCUGUCAUGAAACUCAACGGCCUUCCUAACGAUAUCGUGAAUAACCUGGACCCCCUCGCCUUGAUCAUCUUGAUUCCUAUCUGUGAUAUCUUGAUAUACCCUGCUCUCCGAAAGGCCGGUAUCAACUUCACCGCUUUGAAGAGAAUCACAUUUGGCUUCUACACCGGUGCUGCUGCUAUGAUCUGGGCUUGUAUCAUUCAAUACUAUAUCUACAAACACUCUGAGUGUGGUAAAUACGCUGCCGGUAAGGGUUGCGAACCUACAGAUAUUAAUGUUUGGGCCCAAACCGGUUCAUAUGUCCUCAUCGCUCUCUCUGAAAUCUUCGCCUCCAUCACUGGCCUCGAGUACGCUUUUACCAAGGCCCCAAAGAACAUGCGAUCCCUAGUUAUGUCUGUUUUCCUAUUCACCAAUGCCAUCUCCGCGGCUAUCGGGGAGGCCUUCGUUAGUUUGUCCGAAGAUCCUCUGUUGGUCUGGAAUUACGGGGCAGUCGCCAUCAUCGCCGCCGUUGGUGGAACCAUAUUCUGGCUUCAAUUCAGAGGGUUGGAUGCCCAAGAACACGAGCUGAACCAACUUCCAGUCGGCAGGAUGUUCGCUGAUCAGGAUAGGGUUGAACCCCUGACUCCGGAGGAGAUACAUCAACGGCGAGAGAGUUUAGGCGCGGCAGCUUAG